CUCUAUCACAAAACCAAAGGAAGGAUUAAUCUGUGAUAAAGGCCUUAAUCCUAUUUUUACUUUUUCAAAACAAAAAAGGCCUUACGGGUUUGUCCGGUAGAGACCAACGUAUGAAAGACAUUUCUCUUUGUCCAGUUAUGUGCAACAUGUGAUCGAUGGUUCUCCGGUCACUGGGAAUUGUUUAUUCGUGUCUCUGCAGUUCAAUUUAAGAUAUUUUCAAUUAGAAUUUCUUGUAAGAGACGAGAAGGGAGGAUGGCGUCGACUAGCAAUUCAAAAGUCGUUGCCGAGGAUGAUGAUGAAGAACAGGAGUUUGAGCAUUUUGAUGAUUUUACUCUUGCCUCCUCAUGGGAAAGGUUCAUAUCUGAAAUAGAGGCCGUGUGUCGACAAUGGUUAACUGAUGGUCCAAAGAAUCUAAUGGUAAAGGAUGCCGUGCCGAUGAACCCCACAAAAGAUUUGUACAAAGUUAAAUCUGAGUUCAAGUAUGCUGGGAAAAGUUAUUUCAUGGAGUACUAUUUUCCUACAAGUAUUGGUGGCAAAGAUGCUGACUGGGAUCAGACAUUACCUGAUCUGCAGCUUUCUUUUGGGGUGAAUGAGUUUGUGGUUAUUACUCCACAAAGUGCAAGUGGUGUGGUUCUUGACGCACCAGAGGCAAGCAAACUUUUGAGUGCAGUAGCCAUUGCUUUGUCCAACUGUUCAUGUUUAUGGCCUGCAUUUGUUCCUGUACAUGACCCUACACGUAAAGCAUAUAUAGGUAUUCAAAGUAUGGGAACAGUUUUUACUAGACGAUUUGAAGCUGACCGCAUUGGUAGCCAGGUUCCUAUUAAGCUUAUGCAUUUGGAAGGAUUAUACGAGCUGUUUGUAUCUAAGUUUGUUUAUUUGAAGUAUUAGCAGCUGUUCAUGGUUUUGAAUUUGGCAUUUCUGUCCCAAAAUCGUGGUCAUACUUUUCAUCAGAGAAAUAGCUUAGGCCUAUACUGCGUUGGACUGGUCAAUGCAUCAUUAUCAAGUCAAUUUUAAUAUGAAAUUAACCUACCGAACCCCUGUCUGUGAUGAGGAGGAUGAAAUGCAAGAACUUAAUACUGACACUGCAGAAUCCAGUGAGAACAUGGAGAAUGAUACAAAUGGAAAAACACAAUGGGAUGAUGAUUUUCCUUGGAGUAAGUGGUACUCUGCUGAGGACCCUGUAAAAGGAUUCGAGUUACUUGUGAUGUGGUCCGAGAUAACAGCUGAUAGUUCUCUGGACAUGGCAGAAUUAGAAAAUGCUUCACCACUGGAUGCUGAUAAGUGGUUCUUACGUCCACUGCUUUCUGAAAAUCUCCAUAUUUCUGAUGGAAGUACUAUUGGAUUUGCCUCCCAGUUGCACCUUUUGGUUAAAGCAAUGGAAAUGUCACAGGAAGCUAAAUUUAUUGAAGAUUUUGUCUCAGUUGAGAACUCAGGUUCUGAAAACUUGAAGUCGUCAGGUGUUGUACCUCCACCAACCGUGCUUGAUCGUGUCCUAAAGGAUCUCUUUCAUGAGGUUACAGAGGCGCAGUUGAACUCCUCUCCAGGAGAGCAUAGAAGUUCUCGAUCUAUUAAAGGCGCCCCACUUGAGUCGCUCUUUGCACAGUUCUGUUUACAUGCUCUUUGGUUUGGUAAUUGCAGUAUACGAGCCAUUGCCGUACUCUGGAUAGAGUUUGUACGUGAGGUUCGCUGGUGUUGGGAAGAGUUACAGCCAUUACCAAGAAUGUCAACCAGUAGCACAAUUGACCUAUCAACUUCUUUAAUCAACCAGAAACUCCACAUGCUUGCUCUUUGCAUUGACAAAAGACGUGAUUUAAAAGAGCAUAAUGCUGGCACAAGUGGUUCUCAAGAAGAUCUCCAGAUUCCAAAGGACUUACUUGCACAUGGAGUCAAUGAAGGUCAUGGCAGGAAACAGGACCGGAGUGGUUCAGCUGGUACAGCAGGGUCAAUGAUGCUCUUGAAAUCAGGCAAGAAUAUGCAUGCCCCAAUAACACAGGACCCACCUCCUAUGACUGAAGAUAUGCAUGAAGAAAGACUAAGAGCAGCAGAAGCCUUGGGUGACUCAUUCAGCUUCUCCGGCCAACUUGAGAAAGAUAUUCUGGCAUCUGACAUGUCAGCUUUCAAAGCAGCUAAUCCGGAUGCUGUCUUUGAAGAUUUUAUCCGUUGGCAUUCACCAAGGGACUGGGAAAUUAGUGAUGAUGAAGGUCAGAAGGUUUGUGAUUCUCAAGCCAAUGCAGCUGUACAGGUGUCGCAAGUCAAGUGUCCUCCUCGAGGGAGACUAUCUGAGAGAAUGUCCGAUAAUGGGAAUUCGUGGAGAAAAAUGUGGAACGAAGUUCUACCUUUGCCUGCUUCUGAACAAAAACCACUCCUUGAUCCAAAUCGAGAAGGAGAAAAGGUUCUUCAUUAUCUGGAAACGCUUAAACCCUAUCUACUACUCGAACAAAUGGUUUGUACUGCCUUCAGAGCAGCAGCAGACACUCUUAAUCAGACUUCAUUCGGUGAAUUACAGCAGAUGACCACAAAAAUGGGGCAAUAUUAUGCCACUAUGGCAUCAAUGCUAAAAUAUCUGCAAGCAAAUAAGAUGACCUGUGAUAACGAUGAUAUUGAAGACCUGAGACGACUGUGUGCCACUUUCGGACACAUUGAGAAAUUAAUUCUACUUGCUGCUUCUCUUCAUAGCAAAUUUUUGCACUCACGAAAUCUUGCCCAGGCAAUUUUCAGUGAUUGCUAUAAUCUGACGAACAUGGGAACAGGCUCUGCACAAGGUGAUACCAAAACGGAAUUUGACAAAAAGCAACGUGUAAGUUCCCGGGACAGAAACCUAAUCAUGAGCAUGUUUACUCAGCCAACGGCAAACCAGUCGUGGAGGAAAGUGUUGAGCAUGGGAAAUCUUCUAAAUGGGCACGAACCCAUUCUAAGGGAGAUAAUAUUUUCCAAACGUGAUCGUGUGAGUGAGAGCUACUAUGCUGCUUCUACCCUCCGUCACCACGCACGUGGUAUGUCCCAGCACCGCGCUCCUCGCCGAAGGUGCCGGGUCCUCCGCACGAGCUCUCUCACGGAAGGUGUCAUCAUGCCGAAGAACGACAGAGUUCCUAGUGCGUCGCCGUUUUGCUACGGCGGCGUGACGGCAAGGCCUCCUAGUAGGCCAGAUAGGACCUCCGCCACUCCGACCACGGCCUGGCCUAUCAAGAGGCCUCGUCGUCUGCACCGCCGCAGCAGAUGGCUGUUAGGAAGGCGAAGGCAACGACGCCAACAGAAUUUGUCUCAUUAUCAAUCGGAUUUAGGGAUUUCAGAUUUUGCCCAGUCAAUCGAUUUUAGGGAUUUUAGGACUGCGGGUUACGUAAAUUCAUUCCUUUCUUUUUCAUGUCGUCUUAUAAAUGAUGAGAUGUAA